AAAGAUCUUGGGAGAUUCGGCGCCACAGAAGUUGGUCUCUGUUCAGUGUGGUCAUGGCAGGACGAAGAAGAACAAGAACAAGAAUCCAACCUUCGCUAUAAUGGGCACUGCGGUGACGUCGUCUCCUCUCGGGUCGCUGGGCCGUCCGUCGCCGGCGCUCACGUUGCAGUCGCGGAAGCCGCGCGACCUCACCACCUCCUCCUCCUUCGCUCCUCGAGGCCCUGCGAGGAGGAGGAGAAGCAGCGGGAGACCAAGGCUCGUCGCCGUCCGUUGCGGCGGCGACUCCGCCACCUUAGCCCCCGCGGCCGCGAGUCCGAGCGGCGGCGGCGGCGGCGGCGGCGUGCUGGAGGCGAGCGAGAUAAAGGGCAGGUGCCGAAAGUGGCAAUGGCAGGGACAGUACUCCAUCAACUACUUCGUCUCCGAUUCGGAUCCCUCGGCCUCGCCUGCCGGCUCGAAGCCUCCCCUGCUUCUCGUCCACGGCUUCGGUGCCUCCAUUCCCCACUGGCGCAGGAAUAUUAGCACACUGGCCCAAAAUUACACUGUCUAUGCCAUUGAUCUUCUUGGAUUUGGUGCUUCAGACAAGCCGGCCGGUUUUAGAUAUACAAUGGAAACAUGGGCUCAGCUGAUACUGGAUUUCUUGGAAGAUGUCAUUAAAAGGCCAACUGUUCUGGUGGGAAAUUCUGUUGGAAGUCUUGCUUGUGUAAUUGCUGCCUCAGAAUCUAGAAAGAAUCUGGUCCGAGGGCUUGUCCUGUUGAACUGUGCUGGUGGGAUGAACAACAAGGCCAUUGUAGACGAUUGGAGGAUAAAACUACUCUUACCACUGCUUUGGUUCAUUGAUUUUUUAUUGAAGCAACGAGGAAUUGCUUCUGCAAUUUUUGAGCGCGUUAAAGAGAAGGAUAACCUGAGGAAUAUUCUACUGUCUGUUUAUGGAAAUAAGGAAUCUGUGGACGAUGAAUUGGUUCAGAUAAUUAAGGAACCAGCAGAUGACGAUGGGGCUCUGGAUGCUUUUAUCUCCACUGUGACUGGCCCUCCUGGACCAAACCCUGUGCAAUUGAUGCCAAGCAUCUCGUUGCCUGUUCUUAUUUUGUGGGGUAACCAAGACCCCUUUACUCCUAUUGAUGGGCCUGUUGGUAAAUACUUCUCCACUUUGCCUUCUAAACUUUCUAACGUUAGCCUUGUUCUUUUAGAAGGGGUAGGACACUGUCCUCAUGAUGACCGACCGGAUUUAGUUCACGACAAACUACUUCCGUGGUUGGAUUCCCUUUCUGCCUCAUGAGUGGUUGCUUCAAUGGCAAUCUCCCUCCACUUUGCAGCAGAUGGUUACACUUUUCGCACAUAAUAACUUGUGUCUAUUUUAGAUAUUUUUCUUCUAUUCGGAAAUUCACACAGCAAUCACUUUAGCUCCUCUCUGUGUUCUCGAUGUCCUGAAGGAAGGAGAAUCAUCAUAUCUCCCUGGAAAAUAAAUAGGUUAUCACUCUGUCUUUGUAAAUGUAAAACGCAUUUUCUUGUAUAUUCUCAAGUGUACAUUUUCACUAUAUUUUUGGCAGAAUGAAUGGAAAAUUUUUAGCUAGUGAA